AUGUCGACCGUGACUAUUGAGGACUCAGAUGGCACCGGCGUACUUGUGUAUGAGCCCGCGGAUGUCUGGCAGACGGCGACGGAUACCUCAGACCCCUCGAACACCUCCCACCUGUCCAAAGAAGCGAACGCGAAUGUGACGCUCACGUUCACGGGCACCGAGGUCCGCGUCAAGGGCGGACUGACCCAGGGCACCCAGGUCGCGUACAUGUUCGACGACUCGGCCGUCACACUCGCGCCUGCGAACCCGGGCCAUACCACGAUUCUGCAACUCUCAAGCCAAGCCUGCGCCGAGCACAGUCUCAAGCUCAUCACGCAACCCGAUCAACAUCUCGCUGUCGACAACUUCGUUUUCGUGAGCUGCACCCCGGAUGCGUCGGCUAGCGCCACUACCAGCGCCGACCCGACCGUGGCCACCACUUCGGCCACUACGUCCGACGACCCAACUGUCACGGGCAACAAUGUCUCCCCUGCCUCGCCGUCGGCUAGCACGAUGACGACUAACGCGAUGACGACUGGAUCGAGCCCCGCUGCAAGUCCCAUCCCCGCGUCCUUGGCCGCCAAGUCAAACAAUACCGGCGUCAUCGCUGGAGUGACGGUCAGCGUACUCCUCGUCCUGGCCGUUUUGGCGGCAUUCUUGUUUUGGUGGAUGAGGAGGAGGGGCAUGAGUCUGUGCGGAUGGCGCAAGAACCGCACUGCGCCGUCCGCCGCCUACCUAACGCGCGAAAAGGGCUUCUCUCCGUCUUCUUACGGUGGAGGGCAUAGCCAUACCGAGUCCACAACGCAGUUGACUGCGACGUUCGAGCCGUCGGUCAAGUACAUCGGCGACGUCAAGGUCUACGACGGUGGCUACGACGCCACCACCCAAGGUCAAGGCAGUUCGACCGGUUCUUUCCUCAAUUUAAAGAAGGCCGGAAAUCACAAGUACCAAAACUCGUCGGCGGCGCGAAGCUUGCGCAUUGAUACAUCGCUACCCUGGCGUUCUCCUGGCGGUUCUGUUGUUUGA